CUCCUCCUCCUCCUCCUGGUGCCCACACGGACUCACAAGGACGAGCUUCCUGUCGGACGCCUUCAGGACUGAUUCCUUCACUUUUGGAUCUUUUUCACCUUUUUUAUUUUAUUCCAGGAGAAAUCUGUUUCAUGCGCGGGAUGCAGACCUCCUCCUCCUGCUCCUCCUCCUCCUCCUCCAUCACCAGCAUCAGCACCACCAGCAGCAGCAGCAGCAGCAGCGUUACCAGAGGGCCGAUGGGCCGAGCAGGACGGCCGGGAUUCAACCACCGAGCAGGUUCUGCCUCUGGCCCAGAUGCAGACGUCUGACGCUCCAACCGGACCCAACCUGGAGCGGCCAUGAUGGGAAGCAACCGGACGGCGAGGGCGUCUCAGCAGCAGAAACCAGGACUGAAAGGAGGUCAAGUUCUGCGCAGCAGUGACAGAACCGGACCGGCCCGUGUUUUCUAAGACGACUUCAUUCCUCCAGCCAGCAUGUCUGAGCGGUUCUAACCCAGAAUCACCUCCUGCUCCUGCGGUCCAUAAAGGCCGAGACUUCCUGAGAGCCGACAGCGGAGAUGAUUGUCUUCUGAUUCACCGCUUGUGGAUCUAACGGCACAAACGAUUGUCACACCUCUGGACCCAAACCCGAAGCUUCCACCGCCAGGAGGAACAUCUCAGCAGGACCAGAACCACUCGGCCUGGGACCGGACCUGUGGGAAGCAAAAUGAUGAACCACGUGCAUCCGGCACUGAGCUCGGAGACCACGGAGAAGGCUCGGCUGGAGCUGAACGAAAACCCCGACACUCUGCACCAGGACAUCCAGCAGGUGAGGGACAUGAUCGUGACGCGGCCCGACAUCGGCUUCCUGCGAACCGACGACGAAUUCAUCCUCCGCUUCCUCAGGGCCAGAAAGUUCGACCACAUGGAGACGUUCCGCCUGCUGGCCCAGUACUUCCAGUUCAGGCAGCAGAACCUGGACAUGUUCCAGAGCUUCAAGGUGGACGACCCCAGCAUCAAGCGAGCCCUGAUGGACGGGUUUCCAGGUGUGCUAGAGACUCCGGACCAGCAUGGGAGAAAGAUCCUCAUCCUGUUUGCCUCCAACUGGGACCAGAGCAGGAACUCCUUCAUUGACAUCCUGAGGGCCAUCCUGCUCUCCCUGGAGGUCCUGAUAGAGAGCCCCGAGCUGCAGAUCAACGGCUUCACCCUCAUCAUCGACUGGAGCAACUUCUCCUUCAAGCAGGCCUCCAAGCUGACGCCCAACAUCCUCAAACUGGCCAUCGAGGGUCUGCAGGACAGCUUCCCGGCUCGCUUCGGAGGGAUCCACUUCGUGAACCAGCCCUGGUACAUCCACGCCAUGUACACCAUCAUCAAGCCCUUCCUCAAGGACAAGACCCGCAAAAGGAUCUUCCUCCACGGGAACAACCUGAACUCUCUCCACCAGCUCAUCCAGCCCGAGUGUUUGCCGUCGGAGUUCGGCGGGACGCUGCCGCCGUACGAUAUGGGGAUGUGGGCGCGGACGCUGCUGGGGCCCGACUACAACGACGAGACGGAGUACACGCUGACGUACGACGCCCUGCACGUCAGGGAGAGCUGCGGAGGAGGAGGAGGAGGAGACAAGGACAUGAUGAAGAGGUCUCAGUCGACGGUGGAAGCUGCAGCGCUGCGGCAGAUGGACAGGGAGACCAGCACGCCGCUGCUGGCUCUGGACUGACCACGCCCAAACACGCUGAGACUCUAACCAGCGUCACUGGGGACACCGGCUGCCCGUUAACGGCUGGACUCUGAACGUCUUCUACACCAACGUCUGGACCUCAGUCUGUAGACGACUCCCAUUACUCUGACGCUUCGCCUGAAGGGAACCUCUGUUCUGACCCGCUGCGGUUCAAAUCCCGCAGAAACGUGGAUUAGCUUUAGCUUCAGGGAAACACGGGAUGGAUCGCAGAGAGAAGCCGUGUUUAACGUGUUUCACUGUGAGCAGUCCUGAACCAACACACCGCCUGUCUGAGCCGUCUGAUCCCCCCACCAGCUGAGCCAGAUGCUAACAAUGCUAACAAUGCUAACACCUCCAUCCCACCGUCAGGCCGCUUCCAGCUUCCUGUCCCACUCAGACGCUGCAGUGACUCCUUCCUGUGAACCGUGAGGAGUCCAGAAACCUGCUGGAACCGAGAUGUGGGCGUUUAAAACAUCGGCCUGUUGACAGUAAACGUUCAUUUAAGGCUCAGACGGAGCAGACAGCACCAACAAUAAUAAUAAUAAUAAGACUGGGAUAAAUCUGGCCUGAGCUGUGAGCAGUCUGCAGCUGGACAUCUGGAGACAUCUGGAGUAAUAAGACGUUGUUAAUAUGGUCAUUGUGGGUUCAUCCAGCAGAGCAGGAGGUUCUGGUCCAUAAUAACCACAGCGGUGGGCAGCAGAACCCAGCAGCUCUGUGCUUCGAUUCUUUAAGACUUUACAAGCCUGCAUACAAACUGUUAAAGAAGUGUUAUGAUAUAAAACGUGUUAUUUUCAGCCCAUAUUUAGUUUAAAAUGGGAGUUCAUCAGAUCAACCACCUAUUUUUAUGGUUUUAUCAUUUCAGGGUUGAUGAAGCUGUUUAUCAGAUGUUUGCUUGCAGUUCUCUCUGCUGCCACCAGGCGGCCGGGGGCUGAAUAAUGAGGUAGAGGAGGCUUUAAUUUGCCCCUUUUGAUGAAGCUGGGCUGUUUUAAUGUCAUUUUCCACAGAGUUAAAUCUUUCUACCUUUUAAACUUGGGCUGAAACACCAAACGCCACUUUCUGCUUUAGGAAACACCGACACUGUAAAGAAUGACGUGCAUGAAACUUUUCUACAAACCAAACCUUCACUCGCUCUGAUAGUUAAAAAGAUUGUUUUCAGUUAAAGAUUGUAACUUCCUGUUACCUGUGUCACUGCAGCGAGCAGAAAAAACGUAGUUCUCACCUGCUGCAGCAGGCGGGGGGGCACUGGAGCAGUUUCUGCAGCUUUAGCAGGACUGAGGCUCCGUCGUCGACCUUCAUGUAAUGUAUUUGCUUUCAACGAAUGUAUAGAAGUAAAGAUUUACACCAAA